AGCGACGUCCUUGCCCUGCCCAUCUUCAAGCAGGAAGAAUCAAGUUUGCCUCCUGAAAACGAGAACAAAAUCCUGCCCUUCCAGUACGUGCUGUGCGCGGCCACGUCGCCCGCGGUCAAGCUGCACGAUGAGACCCUCACUUACCUGAACCAAGGGCAGUCCUAUGAAAUCCGGAUGCUGGACAACAGGAAAAUUGGGGAGCUGCCAGAGAUAAAUGGGAAGCUGGUCAAGAGCAUAUUCCGGGUGGUGUUCCACGACCGGCGCCUGCAGUACACGGAGCACCAACAGCUGGAGGGCUGGCGCUGGAACCGGCCUGGGGACAGGAUCCUGGACAUCGAUAUCCCAAUGUCCGUGGGCAUCAUUGACCCUAGAGCAAACCCAACUCAGCUCAAUACCGUGGAGUUCCUUUGGGAUCCUUCAAAGAGGACUUCUGUGUUUAUCCAGGUCCACUGCAUUAGCACAGAGUUCACCAUGAGGAAGCACGGAGGAGAGAAGGGGGUGCCCUUUCGGGUCCAGAUCGACACGUUCAAGGAGAAUGAGAACGGGGAGUACACGGAGCAUCUGCACUCUGCCAGCUGCCAGAUCAAGGUCUUCAAGCCCAAAGGAGCUGAUCGGAAGCAGAAGACAGACAGGGAGAAGAUGGAGAAGCGAACACCUCAUGAGAAAGAGAAGUACCAGCCUUCCUAUGAAACCACAAUCCUCACCGAGUGUUCUCCUUGGCCAGAGAUAACGUACGUCAACAACUCACCAUCCCCUGGCUUCAACAGUUCCCACAGCAGCUUUUCCAUUGGUGAAGGGUGA